AUGGUCAAUAUAAAGGACUUGCUAGGCAAAUCCAAGGUUGUAGAGAAGGCUAAACCCGCAUCGAAGGGAGGACGGGCCAGCUCCACCCCGAAGCACCCAAUUGAUGAAGAAACCAAACCUUCACCGAAGAAAAGAAAGACAGAUGAGGUGAAGAGCCUGUACUUCAAAAAUAAAUCCACGCCCAGGGCGGCCAAGGCCACUCCAAAGGUGUACAGUGUAGACUCCGAUACCGAUUUGGAAAGCGAGGAUGACUUUAAACCCGAUCCCAUUGAAGUUGAUGAGGAUGAAGAUGAUGAUUUCCUUGCUAAUGAAGAUGACGACAUCGAUUUAGAUUUGAAAGAAGAUGAGGAAGAAGAUGCCGACGACCUUGUAAAAGACGAACAAGACGAAGAAGAAGAGGAAGAAGAAGAGCCUAUUGUAGAGAAGCCGAAGAAGAAGAGAAGCGCACCAGUUAAGAAGGAAGCUACGCCUACUCCUAAAGCAACACCCAAAAAGGCUGCACCAAAAUCUACUCCAAAGAAGGAAGCUGCUGCUCCAUCAGCUAGUACCGGAGGAAAAUCUGCUGAGGAUGUUUUGGCUUUGAUCCCAGACGCCGUCUUGCCAGAACAAGAUCCGGAAGAAGCCAAGAAAGGAUUCAAUUUCUUCAAGAAAGCAGCAGCAGCUCCUGGAUCUUCCGGAGAUGCCCCAGAGAUACCUGAAGCUCAACCAAAUUGUUUAUCUGGGCUUACGAUUGUGUUUACCGGUGUACUUCCAACCCUCGAUCGUGAUGCAUCUGAGAACUUAGCUAAAAAGUAUGGUGCCAAGGUUACCAAGUCGAUACUGGGAAAGACCAGUCUAGUCGUCAUUGGAGAUGAAGCUGGUCCAUCUAAAGUAGCCAAGAUUAAGAAAUUGAAAAUAAAGGCCAUCGAUGAAGAUGGGUUUGUAAAACUAUUGACUAGCAUGCCUGCUGAAGGAGGUGAUGGUGAAGCAGCACUUAAAGCUAAAGAAAAGCGAGAAGAAGAAGAAAGAAGAGUAAUUGAGCAAGCAGAAAAGGAAGCAGCCGAAGAGGAAAAGGAAACUAAAAGGAAAGAACAAGAGUUAAAAAAGAAAAAGGCAGAAACGGCAGCUAAGGCAGCUGCAUCUUCAUCCACAAGUAAUGGACUGCAACGUCUACCAGAAGAACCACAAAGAAUCAUACCGGAGAGUGAAAAGUUAUGGACAGUUAAAUAUGCACCAAAAGACUUAUCUCAAUUAUGUGGUAAUAAGGGACAGAUUCUAAAGUUGAAAAAUUGGCUCAACGAUUGGUUUGACAACGCUAAGAGUGAUUUCCAAAAUCCAGGAAAAGAUGGGUCAGGGAUAUUUAGGGCAGCAUUGAUAAGCGGCCCCCCAGGGAUCGGAAAGACCUCUGCAGCUCAUUUAAUUGCCAAUAGCUUAGGAUUCGAUGUGCUAGAGAAAAAUGCAUCUGAUGUGAGAUCAAAAUCUUUGUUGAAUAGUAAUAUUAAGUCAGUUUUAAACAACACGUCAGUGGUUGGUUUCUUUAAGCACAGAGAUGAUGAAGCUCAAGGUCAAAAUGACAAGAAGUUCUGUCUUAUUAUGGAUGAAGUCGAUGGUAUGUCUUCAGGUGAUCAUGGUGGUGCUGGUGCGUUACUGGCGUUCUGUAGAAUUACUAAAAUGCCAAUGAUUUUGAUUUGUAACGACAAAUCCUUACCUAAGAUGAGAAUCUUUGAUAGAGUUACUUUCGACUUACCAUUCAGAAGACCAUCAGAAAACGAAGUCAAAUCAAGAUUGAUGACUAUUGCUUUGAGAGAAAAAGUCAAAUUAGACCCCACCGUUAUCGGACAAUUAGUUGGGGCUACGAAUAAUGAUAUUAGACAAAUGAUUAAUUUAUUAUCAACUGUUUCCAAGACGCAAAAGGUGAUUGGAAGUGAGCAGACAAAAGACUUGUCUUCCACCUGGAAGAAGGAAACUAUUUUAAAACCAUUUGAUAUCACCCUGAAAUUUUUAAACGGUCAGAUUUAUAGCCCCAAUGCCAAGCAUACAUUGAAUGACAAAAUUAAUUUAUAUUUCAAUGAUAUCGACUUCACGCCUUUGAUGAUCCAAGAGAACUACUUAUACACCAGACCUACUAAUGUCGGUACUUCAAUGGAACACUUAGAGAGAGUUGCCCAAGCUGCAGAUGAUAUCUCACAAUCUGAUCACAUUAAUUCCUUAAUCAGAUCAAGUGAGCAACAGUGGAGUUUAUUACCAUUCCAUGCCGUGAUGUCUUCUGUGAAACCAUCUAUGGAAAUUGCAGGAACUGUCAAUCAAAGGAUUAAUUUUGCAGGGUGGUUGGGACAAAAUUCCAAGGCAAUGAAAUACGAAAGGUUAUUGCAGGAAUUGCAAUACCAUACGAGAUUGAGAACAUUUAGCGAUAAGAAAUCCUUUAGAUUGGAUUACAUUCCACUCUUUAUUGAGAAAUUGACCGAACCUAUAUUGAAGUAUCAAGAUGAAGGAAUUGAAAGUGUAAUUGACAUUAUGGACUACUACUAUCUUACUAAGGAAGAUUGGGAUUCUAUUGUUGAUUUUGGGGUUGGACCAUCGAAGAGUGAUAAUUACUUGAAGAAGAUUUCCACGAAAACGAAAUCAUCAUUCACCAGGAAAUAUAAUGGAACUUCACAUCCAACUGCAAUUUACAAGACGGGGAAUAGUGUCACGGGCAGAGUUUCAGGAGGAGGAAAGCAAAAGGUUGAUUAUGAAGAUGUCAUUGAAGACGACACCACUGGUAAGGAUGAACAAGACGACGAAGAAGUCGAUAACGAUAAAAUUGAUGCGAAGAAGGAUAAAUUGAUCAAGGAGGUGAAGAGUAAGAAAAAGGCUGCACCCAAGAAGAAGAAAUAG